AUUCUCAACAUUGCCAAUUGAGCUUCAUUACUUUACUUAGUAAGCAAAAAAAUACCACAAUGGCUGCUUCAACAAUGUCCCUCUCUUCUUCAUCAUUUGUCGGGAAGGCAAUCAAACUUUCCCCAUCCACUCAAGACAUUGGGGUGGGAAGAGUCACAAUGAGGAAAACAACCACCAAGAAGUCCGUUCCGUCUGGAAGCCCAUGGUACGGUCCAGACCGUGUGAAGUACUUGGGCCCAUUCUCCGGUGAAGCCCCAUCCUACCUCACAGGUGAAUUCCCUGGUGACUACGGUUGGGACACUGCUGGACUUUCUGCUGACCCAGAGACAUUUGCCAAGAACCGUGAACUCGAGGUCAUCCACAGUAGAUGGGCUAUGUUGGGUGCCUUGGGAUGUGUCUUCCCUGAGCUCUUAUCUCGCAAUGGUGUACAAUUCGGUGAGGCCGUGUGGUUCAAGGCAGGAUCCCAAAUCUUUAGUGAGGGUGGACUUGACUACUUGGGUAACCCAAGUCUAGUCCAUGCACAAAGCAUCCUUGCUAUAUGGGCAGUCCAAGUUAUCUUAAUGGGCGCCGUGGAGGGUUACCGUAUUGCUGGUGGACCUCUAGGCGAGGUAGUCGAUCCACUCUACCCAGGUGGCAGCUUUGACCCCUUGGGCCUUGCCGAAGAUCCCGAGGCUUUUGCAGAGUUGAAGGUGAAAGAACUAAAAAAUGGUAGGUUAGCUAUGUUCUCUAUGUUUGGAUUCUUCGUUCAGGCCAUUGUCACCGGAAAGGGACCUAUUGAGAACCUCGCUGACCACCUUGCUGAUCCAGUUAACAACAAUGCUUGGGCCUAUGCCACAAACUUUGCCCCUGGAAAAUAAGCAAUAACUACACCAAAUGAGAAGUAGUGAAUGACUUGAAUAUCAAACUUUGAAUUUGUUAUUGUGUUAUAUGUUGAAAAACGUAUGGCGCAUUACAUCUUUUUUUCUUCUUCCUAAGUUUGUACAAAUUAUGUGAAUGAAAUGAAUGGUUUUACUAAAACAAGGGAGAGAGCAAUGAAUGUGAACGGUGAUCAUGCAAGCUAUAUAUCAACACUUUGUCAAUUAUAAUGAAUUACCAAACUAUUGUGUAA